AUGGCUGUACCACCAAGAUUUCCUGGUAUGAUUCCAGCUUAUGGUGUUCAAAUUCCUCAAAUGACGCCGAUGAUGCCUUUUCCGAAUCCUUAUUUCAUGCCAAAUCCUAUUAUGGCCGCGGCUGCUGCACAGCGGAUGGCGGCGCCACCCGCACCACAACCUAAGCCUCCAGAAAAACCGCCCGUCACAACAGUGUUUGUUGGUAAUAUAAAUGAGAAAUGCGGCAAUGAGCUGAUACGAGCUAUUUUAACGGAAUGUGGUGCAGUUGCAACAUGGAAGCGCAUUCAAGGUUCCAAUGGGAAAUUUCAAGCAUUUGGUUUUUGUGAAUUUGAAAGUCCAUUUGGCACUAUGCGAGCUUUACGAAUUUUGCAUGAUUAUCCACUCGCUGAGAAGAAAUUAGUAGUUAAAAUUGAUGACAAAACACGAACAAUGGUCAAGGAUUAUGUUGCAAGAAAACGCGCAGAGAAAAAUUUACCACCUGAAACGUUAGCAUCUGAUGAAAUGCCAGCAGAUGAAGAUAAUGUUGCUGACGAUGAAGAAAUACGGCAGAAAAUCCAAACAUUAAUUGAAAAGGAUGCACCAGAUCUAGUUCCCAUAGAAGAUGGUGAAUUGGCAGAGAAAGCUCGGUCCCCAGCAUUGGAAAAAGGAAAAGAUCGAGCACGAGAUCGAAGUAUUGAAAAACGAAAGGAAAGAAAGGACGAUGACAAAUAUAGCGGCCGACAUCGAGCACGUUCACGUUCUCAUUCAGAUAGUCGAAGCAAACAUAAAUCUCGGAAGAGAUCCCGAAGUGAUAGCGAACGAAGUGAUGUUAAAAAGUCGCACUAUCGUUCGUCAAGCAUAAGCAGUGCAUCAAGUCGAAGUAGUAGUUCGUCUUCGGAUAGCAGUUUUUCGAACCGUUCCGGAAGUCAUACACGGAAAGCAUUCAGAUCUCAAUCACCCAGCAGGGACCGAGAUUCAGAAGACAGUGAUGAACAGAAGGAAAGAAGAGCUUUGCGUAAACAGAUUCGUGAAAAGGAAAUAGCUUAUGCUGAGAGACUGCGUAAAUGGGAAGCUCGUGAAAGAAGGCAGGCGAAAUUAUAUGAGCGGGAUGAGCAACGAGAAAAACAACGUAAGCGUGACAUGCAAAAAGAAGCAAAAAAAUUGAAACAUUUCCUAGAAGAUUAUGAUGAUGAACGCAUGGAUCAGAAAUAUUACAAAAGUUCUUCAUUAUUUCAACGCCGGCGCGAUUUUGAGCGUGAGCGUGAAGCAGAUGCUAAAGAUCGGCAACGUGAGCAGCAAGAAAUUGAGGAGCUUAAGAAACAGAUUUUGGCUGAAAAUGCGAAUGUUGAAAAUCCGGAUGAAGAAGCUAGGAAGCGACAUGAAGAACAGGAAGAAGCUCUUUUGCGGAAACUACGAGCAGAUUCUGGAAGUCCAAACCCACAUCGUCCUUUAGGUCAGAAACCGUUGCCAUCUGAACCAGAAAAAGAUGAGGAGAGUGAAGAAUCCGAAAGCGAUUCUGAAAGUGAUGGAAGUGCUGAGGAGGCUCUUAAAUCGGAAAAGCUAGAAAAGCGCAGUAGCUGGAAAGCUGUAGCAUCCGAAGACACUCCUGUUGCUAAUUCACCAAUAGUAAGCGUGGCAUCACCUUCUGUAAUGUCAUCAUCGCUUGCAAGUCCAGCCGUUGUGCGUACCGAUGUUAUUACGCCUGCACGACCGUCAACAAGUUCACAUCUGAAUGGAAUAUUCGGUUUUGAAGAAAAUGAUGAAGAUGGAGCGUUUCGGAAAAGGAAAUUGAAACCAUUCGAAAUAACUGAAGAGGAUCGCAUUCAAGCUAUGACAUCGGAAGAACGUAAACAAAUGAUCAAGGAUUUAAUAGAUCGCAUUCCAACUGCUAAAAAUGAUUUGUUUGCAUUCCCAAUCAAUUGGAAUUAUGUCGACAAGUCUCUCGUUGAACAAAGAGUCAAGCCAUGGGUUUCGAAAAAAAUAACAGAUUAUAUUGGUGAGGAGGAAGCUUCAUUGGUUGAUUUUGUUUGUGAAAAAGUGACAUCGAAGACCGAUCCGCAGAAAAUUCUUUCUGACAUCGCUAUGGUAUUGGAUGAUGAGGCAGAAGUGUUCGUUGUGAAAAUGUGGAGAUUGUUGAUCUAUGAAUCAGAAGCAAAGAAAUUAGGUUUGUCAAGGAAACCAUAA